AUGACCCCUUUAAGGGUCAUGUUUGGCCGAGACUUAUGUUCUUAUACUUGCUUCCGUUGUGCCGCUGUCGCUGCCUUUAAAACCUCGUACACAAAAUGGACCCUCUUCCUCCUCUCUUUUGCAACCUUGCUUGCUAUGAUUAUCAUCAAUUUUUUGUUCAAAUAUUUCUUUGCCAAACCUAAAGAAAAAAUCCCUUUAGCUCCAGGUACUUUUGGUUGGCCUAUUAUUGGAGAAACCAUCCAAUUCCUUAAAGCACUUCACUAUGGAUUGGUGCACGAGUUUGUUAAAGAAAGAACCAAGAAAUACAACUCAAAUGUAUUCAAAACCUCUUUGUUUGGCCAAAAAAUUGCUAUUUUUUCAGGUCCAGCAGCUAACAAAUUCAUAUUCACCAGAGGCAAUAAUCUUCUCAUUGGUUGGAGACCUAAUUCUGUUCAAAAACUUUUCCCUUCUACAUCAUUUGUCCCUAUAGAACAUGACACGAAAAGGGCACAAAAUGUUAUGAGCUAUUUCUUGAACUCACAAAAUGUAGACAAACUCAUUAGUACUAUGGACUCUAUUUCACAUUUACACUUGGAAAAUCAUUGGAAGGGGAAGGAUGAAGUGAUAGUGUAUGAUCUAAUGAAGUUAUUCACUUUCUCCCUUUCUAUUCGAGUCUUUAUGGGCAUUGAAGACUCGGAUAAAAUCUUGAAAUUUUAUGAAAAAUUCAAUGUUUUUACGCAAGGUCUUUUGGUAGUGGACAUCAACUUUCCUGGUACAACAUUUUAUAAGGCAAUGAAAGCUGGGAAUGAAUUAAGGAAAGAAAUGAAGGCUAUUAUUAAAGAAAGAAGAGUUGAAUUACUAGAGAAUCCAGAUUUGUCAAAAGUUGAUGUGUUAACACAAGUGAUCACUGAACAAGAUGAAAAUGGAAAGUACAUGAAAGAGGUUGAAAUGACUGAUAAAGUGUUUGGCUUUAUCAUUGGUAGUUACCAUACUACUUCUACAACUAUUACUUUGACCAUGAAGUACCUUAAAGAGAAGCAUGAGUUCUUCAAUGAAAUAAUGGAAGAGCACAAUGAGAUUUCAAGGAAUAUGAUGCCAAGGAAAGUGCUAUGUUGGGAUGACAUUCAGAAAAUGAAGAAAACUUGGAACUUUGUGAAUGAAGUAUUAAGAGACACACCAGUUCUGCAAGGUACUUUCAGAGAAGUCAUAGAGGAUGACAUCACUUAUGAUGGCUUCCUCAUACCAAAAGGAUGGAAGGUCGGCGACACAAUGUUAAAAGCCGACUUACAUGAUGGUGGAUUUAUCAAGGCAAUCAAAGUGGCAAGAAAGCUUUCAACCAAAGAGAAUCAAGGUGGUGGUGCCACUUCCGCGCAGUAUAGCCAUCCACAAUUGAGAAUGAACAUGAAUGAGAUUAGCUAUUACAGCUAUGAGAAUGUUGUGCUAGAGAAGCAUCAGCUUGAAGAAACUGUAGUGGUAGGUGUGGAACUACCAAAAUUCAAAAGUGAAAAGCUUUUGAAGGAUAUUUUUGAGGGCAAGAAGCCCAACAAAUGUGUCAACCUUGAUGAAGCAGUUGCGUUUGAAGUAGCUGCACGAUGA